AUGAGCCUCUCCGCUGAUGCUGACUGGCAACCCAAAGCCAUAGCCUUUGAUCUCCUCACUGGCCUCUUAAACUCAUGGGAUCUAUGGGACGCAUCAACCCCAUCCAAAACCCACCAAGACGGCGGCCGCUGGCGUCAGCGCUAUCUAGAAAUAACUUUUGGCGCUGGCUCCUACAAGCCCUAUGAAGACCUCGUCAGACAAGCCGCCGCUGAGGUCGGUCUUCCGCCAUCAGCACCUGAAGCGCUCCUCAAGAAUUGGUCCAGCAUCAAAGCGUGGGAUGAAGUCCCCUCUGUGCUCCAAGCUUUAAAAUCGCAGGGCUAUAAACUUGGCGUCAUUACCAAUUGUUCCAAGCAUUCGGGAUACAUCGCUAUUUACGGUGUCGAAGAGCAGGCUAGUGCUGGGUAUGAAACGCCGUUUACUUUUGACGCUGCUGUCACAGCUGAGGAGAGUGGGUUUUACAAACCUGUUAGGGAAGCAUAUCACGCUAUCCUCCCUAUGCUAGGGGUAGAUGCUGAGGAUAUUCUUUUCGUUGCUGGAAGUGCAGGGGAUGUUGAAGGUGCGACGGAAGCUGAUAUGAGGGUUGUUUGGCACAAUAAGAUUGGGUUGACGAAGAAGGGAAAUGCAGUUCCAUUGAGGGAAAGCAGGACAUUGGAUGAUGCUCUGAAAGGGUAUUUUAAGGAGCGCGGGUAG